CAGUGGACUUCAGUUUGCUGUGCUGUAAGUUGGCUCUGAAGGAAUGGACAACUCCAAUAAAACCCCCCACAGACAUGCUCUGAGAGUCCAGCAAGUGAAUUAGAAGAAACAACUCAACUCACUCUAUCUCACCUGACUCAUGACUGAAUCUCAGCUAAUGCAACGCUAGUUUUGAGCACCUUUGUAUAUCAGAUUCAAUGAUGUUUGUGUUGCUGUACAUUACAAGUUUUGCCAUCUACACCAGUGAACAACCUCUUCAAAACCAGUUCAAAGGAGAGAACUACCAUACCAGAUACAUCUGCAGUAUCCCUGGGUUGCCAGGUCCCGUGGGCCCCCCUGGAGCUAAUGGAGCCCCAGGGCCACAUGGACGCAUUGGUCUUCCAGGAAGAGAUGGUAGAGAUGGCAGGAAAGGAGAAAAAGGUGAAAAGGGGAGCGCAGGUUUAAGAGGAAAAACUGGGCCAUUAGGACCAACCGGAGAGAAAGGAGAUCAAGGUCAGUCUGGGAAAAAAGGACCAGGAGGACUGAUUGGUGCCAAGGGUGAAGUAGGUCCAGCUGGACCACCAGGACCUAAGGGAGAUAAAGGAGACCGAGGAGAGCCAGGUGCACCAGGGGUCUGUAAGUGUGGGAAGAUAGUGUUGAAAUCUGCCUUCUCUGUUGGCAUCACCACCAGCUACCCUGAGGAAAGACUACCAAUUGUAUUCAAUAAAGUCCUCUUCAACGAGGGUGAACAUUACAACCCUUCCACAGGGAAGUUUAUUUGUGCCAUCCCAGGGAUUUAUUAUUUUUCUUAUGACAUCACUUUGGCAAAUAAGCACCUUGCGAUUGGGCUGGUUCACAACGGGAAGUACCGCAUAAAGACAUUUGAUGCAAACACAGGAAACCACGACGUAGCUUCUGGAUCCACUGUGAUUUACCUUCAGCCAGAAGAUGAAGUAUGGCUUGAGAUCUUCUAUGCUGACCAAAAUGGUCUCUUUUCAGACCCAACAUGGGCAGACAGCUUGUUUUCUGGGUUUCUCUUAUAUGUUGAUACAGAUUAUCUUGAUGCUUUGUCAGACGAAGAUGAGCUCUGAAGCAGAUAAUGUCAAAUCACAGCCAAAUGACAAGCCAGCACAUGACUUUAUCUAGCUGUGUGUGGGACACAAAGUGGAAAAUGAAUAACCCGGGAAUUUAUUUUUGCUUUGACAGGAAUCAAAUCUGAGUUCAGAUGGAGAUUUGUAGAAUUGAAGCUGGAUUCUUUACCGAACAACAGGGAUAUCAAAGGGAACUAUAAUUAACAAAAGACUGCAUCACUCCAGGACAGACUCCUCAUGGAAGUUAUGUUUACGAUACUAUUUAAACAAAUUUAAGAUACUGUACAUUGGAUUUUAUAUAAAAUAUAUUAAGUUACAAAGUAGAAUUGAUAUUUUGUAUACGGUAUUAAAGAAAAAUUGAACAACUGACAGCAAUAUUGUCCUUGGUCAU